UAUAAGAGCCCCGCGCCCCCAGAGCCCCACAGCUGCAGAGCUCCACCACGCCGCCCAGCAGCCGACGCCAUCAUCCCGACGACGAAGCCAAACAACAACCUGAGAAAUGAAUCUUGAGCCGCCCAAAGCCGAGAUCAAGUCGGCCACCCGGGUCACCGGAGGCCCGGCCACGCCCCGCAAGGGCCCGCCCAAGUUCAAGCAGCGGCAGACCCGGCAGUUCAAGAGCAAGCCCCCGAAGAAGGGCAUCCAGGGAUUUGGUGACGACAUCCCGGGAAUGGAGGGCUUGGGCACAGACAUCACGGUCAUCUGCCCCUGGGAGGCCUUCAACCACCUGGAGCUCAACGAGCUGGCCAAGUACGGCAUCAUCUGACGACGCUUCCUGGCGCUCGCCGCCGCCGCCGGGACUCGACCCGAACUGUUCCACGCAGAACCCAAAGAAAGUACCGCAGAACACGGACGAGAGAGAACAAGACAUCUACAAAAACAGCAACUUCCUGUCCUCUUUCUUCUCCUGACCCUGCGAGUUCACAGCCAUGAACUCGAAGGGACAGGAGCUCCGCCUCCUCACUCCUCUUCUCGUCUCUCGCUGCUCUUCCUUUUUUUGUAUCUUCUUUGUUCUUCUUUUCCAUCUCCUCACGGACCGGACGUGAAACGAGCCUCACGAGGAGUUUGAGGGAGGAGCCUGUAGAGGUGUGGAGGGGUUCUGCUUCUCUUUCUCCAUCUCGAGGCUUUUUCCAUCAACGCCGGACAUAUUUAAACGCCAUCUUAAAAUCCAUCUUAGAAGAUAAUAAAUGUCCCUCCAGAAGUGUCAUUUCUACAUCUCUCUUGUUUAAUAACACUGUGUAUGAAAAUAA